GUUCUCUUGGUGGUAUGUUAUUUUGUGGUGAAACUGGCUUUGCUGCCGCUCAUCAUCAUGCACCUAGUAAUGGUUUCUUCGUUUAUUAUUGUUUUACUCAUAUUGCCAUUGAUCAUGAAGGAAAUGUUGGUGCUGUUUACAGGACACGCAGUGGUAUGAACGAAAAAACAACAGCAUGUGGUGCACUUGCUGCAUUUACUAAUGAAAUUGCAUCAAAGAAACUCAAUCUCGCCUUUAAUGAAGAUGAUAUUGAAAUGAGUAUGUUAAAAAAACAUAUCGCUAAGAAGACUAAUCUUUUGGCCGAUCCUGAAAGUACUCCAGAUCUCUUCAAGGUUACUAUGGCUGCUUAUGAAACAAUUACAAUAGAUUUAGAAAGACAUGUGAAACACGAUGCAGAAAAGUUUAAAGAUCGUCAAUAUGCUUUGUUUACUGGUGUUCAAAUACAUGGACCAAAUGGAACAGAUUAUUGUUGGUUAGGAAAAGCCAGUUUACUAAUCAAAGGGGAGCUUUCACCACUUGUUCUUUCGGCAAAUCCUACUUCACAAGUACAGGCGGGACCAUCAACCAAGUCACACUGA